AUGAGCAAUAUAGCCAAAUGGCUUCCAAAACAGAAUAAUGACAUGAACAAAAUCUUUACGGAAACAAGAAAUAUCGAACGUGAGCUGAGAAUAUUGGGAAAGAUGUUUGCAACAAACAUCAAUUAUACACAAAAUCCAGAACAUGGCUAUCAAGAUUUACUGGACGAAGGAAAUAAAGUAUUAACCGACAGUGCUUCAACAUUUUUUAAACUCUAUCGAAUGAGAAGCUCAUCAUCUGACAAAAAUGUCGAACGUUCAAGCUUCAAAGUCUUGCUAAAUUUAAAAGCCUUACAAAUCCGACAGAAUCUAAAACGACGUCAUUUCCAGUUAAUAGCUAUUAUAACAAAGCUCAUCAAAUUAAUGCUGUGCAAUGGAGUCUUCGAAGCUGCCUUCCAAAUGUGUUCAUUAUUAAAUACAGCUGUUAUAUUGACAUUACAGAAUACGAAAAGUGCUAGCGGAACUCUUGUCAUCUCUAAUACAUUCCCGCCUCUGCUGUCUAAUCCUAGAGUUAUGCAUAUACAUAGCUUGUUACAAAUGGUUACUCGAUAUCGUACUGAGCAGUGCUGUGAGAGUUUGAUAUCAUGCCUCUUAGCCACAUGCAAAGCCGAAAUGAAUGAUGAGACAGAAUCAGAGGACUCGAGCAUAGAAAUUUAUUUGGCACUGACAGAGCAAUUAACAGAAGAGGAACUAGCAAAACAGAGACUUAGAUUAUUACAGGAAAAGCAAGCACAACAGUUACAAAAACAACAGAUGGCUAUAAUGCCACGUCCACAACAAAAGUCUAUCAAGAUUCGUCCGAUUGAAAAGCCAUCAAUGAUAACAGACAUCUCCGAGGAAGUUGAGCCAACUGUGACAUUUUUCGACAAUAUGGUAAAGGAAUCGAAACGUAAAGAGGCAUUUAUACGUGAAGAGUCUACGGAUGGUGAAAUCCUACAUGACUUAAUACGCAUUGAAGAGAUUUUUAUCGCAACAAUGAUUGCUAAAUGCCUUAAACUUUGCCCGAGCGCGUUCGAAAAUGAAAUUACGAAAGAGGAGAUAAUGAAUUUAAUCAGUCGAGCAUCAAAAUUUUUAUGGACGAAUGUCGGAGCAACACUAGAGCAUUUCCUAUUAUGGUGGAGUCAAUUUCCACUAGCUUGUCGUCCUGUAAGCUGUACCAAAUAUCUUAGAGAUUAUUUAAUGCUUCUCCAACCAGAUGAUGCAGCUGAACCAAUUUUAUCAACACUUAAAAGUUUAGGCGAAAUUCUGACUGUACAUGUAGUUGGAACAUGCUGGGAUAAAGAUUUUCGGAUGUGCUUGGUUUUAGCUUCACUAAAGGUCGAACAGACGCAUGAAAAGAAUUCGGAAUUUUAUUUGCCAGAGGAACAGCUGAUUGGGACAACAUGUGGAUAUUUCUGGGCUGAGCUGAUUCAAUCGUUAGUUCAUAUAACAAAUUCAUGCGACAAGGCAGGUACAAUAGCUAAUGAACUGCCUAUUGUUGAACAAAUUCCGGUUUUACAUCGUUUAGAUCAUUCCAUACACACGAUGCGUUUGUGGGCAAAUACAAAAGCAAAAGAAUUGUGUUCUGAAUGGAAUAUGAACAUGUUUUUUCGUCUCAUACAUAAUGAUAUGAGUGGGAUAUGUUUGGAGCGUUUAAAUGAAGUACGCGCUCCAGGUAAGUUUCUCGUUGCUGAAGAUCCAUUAGAAGUUCAUAUACAGGUGAAUGUUGCAUUGCGAGCGAAGCUAACUGAGGAGAUUAAAGAGAAUACUAUUAAAGUUAAGACAACUUGUUACGAAUGCAUUGAAAUACUUGCAGUCAUUUGUGAGACGACAUCGCUUGCAUCACUCUCACUCUACUUUCCACCACAACGCAUCUGGCAAUGUGAGGUUAUGAAUAAAAAAUGCAACGAAUACGUUGGAAUUUACUUGGAUAUAAUGUAUUUGCCGAUUUUGGAAUCAACAAAAGACAUUGAAAUUCUCAAUUUAACGCUGAAAAUAAUUUGCGAGUCAUUACUUGAGAAUAUUUACAACAAGCAAAUAAAAUUCACCAUCUGUGGUGCUUUAAACCUUCUUAAAGACUUUGAAGCGAUUGCAGAGUGGAUAGAAAAUUGUAAGGAAGUGCCUGACGCGUAUCGUGAAAAAUUGAUGAAACAUGAAGUGCUGAGAUAUUGCGAAGGGGUCGGAAAAAUUCUCUUGAGGGAACCUGAGGAAGUUAUUUCAAUGUUUCCAUCUCCAACAAAAGUCAAACGCAUGGCAUCUUCACAAGAGGAGGAUGAGGAUAAAGCUCCAUUACCAGCAGAAAUGUUUGUUCCCAAUCAAACAAGAUGGCUUGCAUUACGUGCUAGACGUCCUAGACGAUUCGGUAUCUGCACAAGCGUCAAUAAUGUUAGCGUCAUAACAUAAAUUGUUGUCAGUACUUCACGUAACAUUAGAGAUAUACUUAUUCAAUGGAAUUUAUGUUCUGAAUCUACAUUUUUUUUAUUUAGUACAUUAAUAUAAACCUUAAAGAAGAAUGGAAAGUGGCACAAUUCAGAGUAGCUUAUUUAGAAUAGCAAAGAAUAGUAAACAAUAUUAACUCGAAUGAAUUUAUUAGCAUUACUUAAUAUCCCGCUCAGCUUUUAUGUAGAAAUUAUACUUUUAUAUUAAGCUUAGGAUUGUAAUUUUCUAUUUCUGUGGUCGCUUUUGUACCUUUUAAUGUAUUUUGAUGUAGAUUUUUUUUGGAACAGAAUGUAAAGGCGUCUUUUUUAUAGCUAGGGUAACCAUCUAGUUUUCAUGAAAAUACAGGACAUUUGGUAAAUUUUUUCGAAAAAAACAGGACAUAGAGUAAAAUUCGAAAAUUAACGGAAAUUUUCAUGAAAAAAAUACAGGACCAGGAACAAAAUUUAAAAAUUUAUACAGGACAGGGUUUUGAAAUACAGGACUGUCCGUUGUAAAACUACGCAGAUGGUCACCCUAUUUAUAGCUAGCUUUGUACUAAAGUUUAAUGGUUCAAAAAUGCGUCUAAUUCUGCUUAACUCCAACGCCAACACCAACGAUUACUAUUUUUAUUUCUCACUUCUUCGUCUUUAACUGCCUUGUUAUGCCUUAUUCAUCAUUUUUUAUAAAUUAACGCCUUAGUAAAAAAAUAAAAAAAAGCCAUUAAUCUCAUCCACUAACACUGAUGCAUUUGAACGACGUCUUUGAGAUUUCCAUUUUAAAAUCUGGAGGAUUUUCGGCAUUGAAUUAUUUUGGAAGAAAAUUUAGGGUCCAGAAGCAAUAUGAAAUAAUUGAAAUUUUAAUGGGGAUACUGCCACUGAUAGAUCCCCCAUGAGAAGAUUAAAGAUUGAGAUUUUUGAAGUUCUAGCAGGGAUUGGUUUUUUACGACCAUUGUAAAUUGAGGAAAAUUUCUCUCGAGCUAGGAAUUGUGACCUAAAAAACAAUACCUUAACUACAGCCCUGUCUGACUUAUAUACAUGCAGAUAAAAUAAAAAAAAUUUCGUUGGAAAUUAGACAAGAAUACACAAUUGCAAUUCUUUGUAAUUUUCUUAAUGCUGUAUGAUAUAUAAUUUUAAAUUUUCUUUGCUUCUUUACGCGCUGCUAGAUGUAUUUAUUUUCAUUUCUUUCACUUUUCAUUAGUGUAAUUUUAGAGAUGCCUGUUCUUGUUGCUUCUUCAUUGUGAGAGUCUCAUUGGUGGAUGAGAUUUAGUCUACAAAAAUGCAAGGGUGUUGUACUGAUUAAAUGAUCAAAAAUGAUCAAAAAUGAUCAAAAAAU